CUCCUCCUCCUCCAUCAUCUCCUUUGCAUCGCUGCAAUUAAAAUCAAUGAACCGAGUUUUCUUUCUGGCCCAGAGCACCCACUAAAUCGGUUUGGAUGAUUCGCGAUCUGAGCAAGAUGUACCCUCAAAGCAGACACCCGGCACCGCAUCAGCCUGCUCAACCCUUCAAAUUCACCAUUUCCGAAUCCUGUGAUCGGAUUAAGGAGGAGUUUCAGUUUUUACAGGCUCAGUACCACAGUUUAAAGCUAGAAUGUGAAAAACUGGCCAGUGAAAAGACAGAGAUGCAGCGACAUUAUGUCAUGUAUUAUGAAAUGUCCUACGGGUUGAACAUAGAAAUGCAUAAACAGGCAGAAAUUGUCAAGAGGCUGAAUGCCAUAUGUGCCCAGGUCAUUCCUUUCUUAUCCCAGGAGCACCAGCAACAAGUGGUGCAGGCUGUGGAACGUGCCAAGCAAGUGACCAUGGCAGAACUGAACGCAAUCAUUGGGCAGCAGCAACUCCAGGCCCAGCAUUUGUCGCAUGGACAUGGUCUCCCAGUGCCUCUCACUCCGCACCCUUCAGGAUUGCAACCACCGGCCAUCCCACCCAUUGGCAGCAGCGCUGGUCUUUUAGCCUUGUCGAGUGCCCUUGGGGGCCAGUCCCAUCUCCCGAUCAAAGAUGAAAAGAAGCAUCAUGAUAACGACCACCAAAGAGAUAGAGACUCCAUAAAGAGCUCAUCUGUGUCUCCAUCAGCCAGUUUCAGAGCCUCUGAGAAGCACAGAAACUCAACAGACUACUCCUCUGAAAGCAAAAAACAGAAAACAGAAGAAAAAGAAAUAGCAACUCGCUAUGACAGUGAUGGUGAAAAGAGUGACGACAACUUAGUGGUCGAUGUUUCCAAUGAGGAUCCUUCAUCGCCACGAGGAAGCCCAGCACAUUCUCCAAGGGAAAAUGGCUUAGACAAGACCCGUCUACUCAAGAAAGAUGCGCCAAUUAGCCCAGCCUCAAUAGCAUCUUCCAGCAGCACUCCUUCCUCCAAAUCCAAAGAACUUAGCCUUAAUGAGAAGUCCACCACCCCUGUGUCUAAAUCGAGUACCCCCACUCCACGGUCUGACGCUCCAACUCCCGGCAGUAAUUCUACACCAGGAUUGAGGCCUGUGCCUGGGAAGCCACCAGGAGUUGACCCAUUAGCUUCAGGCCUGAGAACGCCCAUGGCAGUACCUUGCCCUUACCCUGCCCCAUUUGGAAUAGUGCCCCACUCUGGGAUGAAUGGGGAGCUGACCAGCCCUGGUGCUGCCUAUGCAGGUCUCCAUAACAUCUCUCCUCAAAUGAGUGCAGCAGCAGCUGCCGCUGCUGCCGCCGCAGCAUAUGGGAGAUCUCCAGUGGUUGGUUUUGAUCCACAUCAUCAUAUGCGAGUCCCAGGCAUCCCUCCCAAUCUGACAGGCAUCCCAGGAGGAAAACCGGCAUACUCAUUUCAUGUAAGUGCAGAUGGCCAAAUGCAGCCGGUGCCUUUUCCUCCUGAUGCCCUCAUUGGGCCAGGAAUCCCGCGUCAUGCUCGGCAGAUUAACACCCUGAACCACGGGGAAGUGGUAUGUGCAGUUACUAUCAGCAACCCCACAAGGCAUGUGUACACUGGUGGGAAAGGAUGUGUCAAGGUCUGGGAUAUCAGUCAUCCCGGGAACAAGAGCCCUGUCUCUCAGCUGGAUUGCCUGAACAGAGAUAACUACAUCCGCUCCUGCAGAUUGCUCCCCGACGGCCGCACCCUGAUUGUCGGCGGGGAAGCCAGCACGCUAUCCAUUUGGGACCUGGCAGCUCCAACUCCGCGUAUCAAAGCAGAGCUGACGUCCUCGGCUCCUGCCUGCUAUGCUCUGGCAAUCAGCCCUGAUUCCAAGGUCUGCUUCUCCUGCUGUAGCGAUGGGAAUAUUGCAGUCUGGGAUCUGCACAAUCAAACUCUGGUCAGGCAAUUCCAGGGCCACACAGACGGAGCCAGUUGUAUUGAUAUUUCAAAUGAUGGCACUAAGCUCUGGACAGGAGGCCUGGACAAUACAGUGAGAUCCUGGGACCUAAGAGAAGGCAGGCAGCUACAGCAGCAUGACUUCACAUCACAGAUCUUCUCACUGGGUUAUUGCCCAACUGGAGAAUGGUUGGCAGUAGGAAUGGAGAACAGCAAUGUUGAAGUGCUGCAUGUCACAAAACCAGACAAGUAUCAACUACAUCUUCAUGAGAGUUGUGUGUUAUCCCUGAAGUUCGCUCACUGCGGCAAAUGGUUUGUAAGCACUGGAAAAGACAACCUUCUGAAUGCUUGGAGAACACCUUAUGGAGCCAGCAUAUUCCAGUCCAAAGAGUCAUCUUCUGUGCUCAGCUGUGAUAUCUCUGUGGAUGACAAAUACAUUGUUACCGGUUCUGGGGACAAGAAGGCUACAGUCUAUGAAGUUAUUUAUUAGAGACAAAUCUGAAUGAAAACUGUACUCCUCCUUGUAGCACUUUGCUGUAUAUUUUUCUUCUCUCUUUUUCUCUUUCCUUCCCAAAGUGAGGACGGAAACCGUUCAUCACAAUUGUGGACUUUCCCCCACCAGACUUGCUAUUUAAUAUCAGGCAUCCAUUAAGGACUUGUAAUACCAAAUCUCCAGCUAUCUACUCGGAAGAAGAUGAAAUAAGCAUACCUAACAGGGAACUGACUCUUUCAAUUAUGUAUCAUAGCUGUAAUGUAUUUAUUUUGUUUAAAGAAAAUCUUUUUAACAAGGAACUGACUAAAUAAAGUAGUCUGCUUCUGCCUUG